ACGGCCCUCGACAAAAACAUACAAUCAGACUAGCACACAUCAAUUACAAUCUCCAAUUCACUCACGAAUCAUAAUCACAUAAUCUCACAUAACACCCGCAGCACUAUCGCUCCGGGUCAUCAAAAAUCCUUCAAAAUCUUUCACUCACGCCCCCGUCAAAGACCAUAUAUAACCAGUCGACUCCUAUCCAUUCCCAUCCAUCCCUGCAGUUCUUGCUCAAGAAAAAGAUCCAACUCAAACAUGUCUUCUUCCACUUCAACCACAACACCCAUUCCCGCCCCCACAAACACCAUUAAUCCUCUUCCUGCCACCCCUGCCGAAGCUGCAGCUGUGGCAGCUGUAGCCGCAGCAUCAGCAGCAACUAAUGAACCUCCUGCCUCUGGCACAGCACUCGAUUUGCAUUCGCAAACUGAAGAUGCGGCACGCCAAUAUAAGGAUGCGCAGAAGGCGGAGAAGGCUUAUGAAGAGAAGAAAAAAUGUAUGGCUGCGAGGAAGGAUUGGUAUGAUUGUAAAGUACAUUUUGCGGCUGGAGUGCAGGGGUUUAGGCAGGGAGGGAAGUGUGUGGGGAGGGUGGUUAGAGCGGGUCCGAGUUUGGUGAAGGAGAAGGUUAAGGGUGGGAGGGGCAAGCCAGUGAAGGGAAUGGAUAGUGCUAGUACGGGGGGUAGUGCGGUGUUGGAGAAGAGAGGAGAAGGUUGAUAAGAAGGGUGGUAGUGGAGGUGUUAAGGCGAGGGUUUUGGGGCUGAAGGAGAAGGUUUUGGCGGUUAAGGAGAAGAGGGCUGCGAAGAAGAUUGCUAAGGCUGAUGAGUCUGGCGUUACAACUACAACUGAGGCUGCAACUGCAACUGCAGCGCCGGCAACGGCAACGGCAACAGCAACAGGAGCUGCGCCCGUUACUCCCAGCACAGCAACUCCAACGCCAGCGCCAGCAGCGCCAGCACCAGCACCAGCACCAGCACCAACCAAGCAAGAAAAAAAGAGAAUGACUCUGGAUCAGGUGAGAGAUCGAAUCCUUUCCUACCGUACCCAUUUCUUCUCAGCAGAUGAAGAUGAAGAAGAGGUGAACAUGGCUCCUCGAAUAGCAGGUUGGAUGACCUAUUUUUUACCAUUUCACAUCCUCCUUUUCUCCCUCACAUUACCAACCUUCACAUUUGAAUUUGCCUUGAGAGUUUUAGAUGAGGAUUUCGAUGAAAAUACGUGUGAAUAUGAGCAUAUAGAAGAAUCAUGCUAAUUGAAUACUUUUGGAAAAAUAGAGAAUCCAACAAGAAGAAGCCAAAGCGCUCGCAAAGCAGGAAGCGCAAGCCUCGCUCGCAGGCGCAGCAGCUACGAAAGGAGAAGUCGCGGCGCAAGUUCAAACACGAAUGCAAGCAGCGCCAGUAGCAACAUCGACAUCCCAAAUACCGACAUCGACAUCCAUGAGCAAUCCCCCGCAGUUACCGCAGAGAACACAGUUGAGUCCUCCCGGAUCACCGACGAAAACAACCAUGGAACCUAUUCGCGAGGACGGGGAAUCAGCUCCUGUGUUGAAGGAGACGGUACCCUUGGUGACCGGGGGGAAGGCAGAACAGUGAGUGAGAGUAGUGGGGUUGAGAGUGGAAGUGGAAGUGAUAGCAGGAGCGGAAAUGGAGAAACAGUAGGAUUAAAAGCCAGAGUAGCUUUUAUGGUACGUGGACGAUUAAGAGGUGGUGAUAUUGAUACGCCGAGGAAUGUUCUUCCUUCUUCUUCUACUACUACCGGAGAGGCGGUUCUAGAUGGGGAUGGAAAUGGAGGUGGGAAUGAAAAAACUAAAACGAAGACGAAAAAAUUAUCAAAAGAGAAAGUGAUAGCGCAUUUUAAAUAUCAUUCUCGAUGGAUGAAAUGUGGGAAAUUAUAUUAUAAUGAACAGGAAGGAAUGGAAGGGAGCUUUCGCAAUCGGGAAAGGUCGGAAGAUC